AUGGCCUUCGACAACUUUGAAAUUCUUUACAAGGAGACGCGACUGAACCUCGAGCCCGCGUCGCCGUCUUCCGUCGUCCAGCUUCGAGUCGCGCCUACAAACGCCUACGGACGCUCGAGCUUAUCCUCAUCAUCCUCCUCCCGUCCUGCCAGCGCCACUGCCGACGACGAGAAGGGCUACCGCACCAAGAACCUCGCUACUGCCUCAUCUAUCUACUACCGCAAGCAUCACAGCUCUCCGCGCGGCUUCUUGUGGCGCGUCCUUGACAACAACACCGUCCUUAGCAUCCGCGUCGCCGAUGUCUGCAGACAAGAGAAGGUGGCCGAUGCGCCACUAAUCCUAAACCUCCGCUUCGCUUCCCCGCUGCGCCCGGCCUGUGUAGGCUUUGCCGACCACGAGGACCACGAUGCGCUCUUUGUCUACGCCAUCGACCAGAGCAACCAGCUGUGGUCCAUCAUACUGCGGCCGGACCACUUCCGCAAGAGGAGUGCGACUGAAGGAGGGCUGGGCGAUGCGAGCAGGGUGUAUUCGCCCCCCGGAUUUGGGUUCAAGCAUCCUCACAGGCUGGCGGUUGUCAGCCCCGAUCAGCUGAUCGUCACUAUGCACGAUGGCGGCAUCCUGAAGUUUGACCGAAACAAGAACCAUGAGUCACAUGGGUCACCAUGGAGAGAAUCGAUUUACAAUGUUGCCGGCUGGGGCCAAAGUCUACGAGGCUUGGUCCCCUUUCAGCGCAACCCAACCGUUCGGUAUGAAAAGAUUAACAUGGAGCUGACCGCAGCCGCGUCGACAGCCGUAACAACCAUGGGGCAUGCAGAAACCGCUUUUCUUUUCACCAUCUGCUUGGACCACAGAAUGAGAGUGUGGGACGUGCGAACUGGCCAGAUACUCUACACCGGCGACAUCUUGAACAACACCAAGCGCGACCCUCAGGAGGUCGGCAAGUGGACUGUUGACCCUUCACAGAAUAACUUGAUUAGGAUACUUGACAACGGCCGCGGGCAAUGCUUGGUUGUGACAUACUCGCCUGUCGGUGCUGGUGAAUUCAAGUUCUGGAAAGUUAAGGCGAACGAUCAGGGGUCGAUUCAUGUCACCGAUUGCUUUCCUGAUGCACGCUUGAUGUCUCCAAACCCAACAUCCCUCGAUGUAUGGACUCUGGCCGAUUUUGCCAUCGCACAGCAGCCAGACGGCCCGGAAUUGUGGGCGUUGUGGAAGAACAACACCAGCUAUCGGGUCAACAGACUGCAGAUUAUCCCUCGGAACGCCACGGCACCUUUCGCAGACGGUUGGAAGGCAGUGUGCGUCGAGAGUCCUGGCCCGACCCCGCGCGCAUCGGGCUCCUGGAACCCGACCGACUCGACGGAGAAGUGGCUGGACCUCAUCUUUUCUCCAGGCCGCUUCUCUAAGUCUACCUUGGAGACAGCCUUGGCGAUGUAUGAGAAAGGCCUUGGCACCUACAAGGAGACGGUCUCGAGGUCUGGUAAGGGCAUCGCUGAGUCCAUUUGCUCGGUCAUUGGCUCUACUACGACUCUGGAUCGGAGUUCGCAAGGUGGCGCCGACUACGACCAGUUCCGCAACACGAGCGAGACCCAAUGGAUGCGCUUCUGGCGCCUGCUGCUGGAGCUCGACAAGCAGAGAGGCGAGGCGUUGUCGCUGGUUUUCGACCAGUAUGACGGCAUGGUCUGGGUUACUUGUGCAGACUUGCUUGCUGCAGUUAGGCAAUGCAGCGACCUAGAACGCCUUUACCACAACCUUCAGUCCCCUGAGAAGAAGAACGAGGAUGUUGCUGCGCUGAUCUCGGCCGGCCUCACCUUUGUCGAGACCUUUUCGGACAGCAUGCACCAGCUGUGCAAGGCUGCCCUUAGGGCUGAAUUGUACGAAAACUCCGCCCUGUCGGACAGAGAACGCAUGCAGCUGUUCCUCGAUCGUGCGGGCUUUUGGGUCACAGAUGAGGACUGGGCCCAAGUGCUGGACAUCGUUGGGCAGAACUACCAGAUGGUUACCUCCAGGCUUUACGAAGAUCUCUUCGACUUAAUCACUGCCACCAGCGAGGCCAAUUCGCAAGAGCUCCGAGAGCCAUUCACAAUAUUUGGCAAGAAGGUGGUUGUCCGUGCUGUGCAAGAGACUGUCGAGCUCCACUGGCAGAUCCUCUUCAGCCAGCUGAUCCUCCUUGUCAAUAUGGUAGACAGCGAGAGUGAGGAGGCUCGGCCUCUGCACACUAGGUUUGACGUCGGCUCUGUGUACCGGCGGUUGAUCGAUGCUCUUAGGAGGCUGGAACAUCUGAGGUGGAUGACAAAGACGGAGCUGAGCGUUUCACCCUCAAAGAGCCGGUCAGGCUCUUCGUCACCAACGCUUUCCAAGCGCGGUCAGGACGAGAGUUACACCAGAACGGCGUUGGAGGAGUUGGCUGGUCACCUGUUUGGCCUGCCCGAGAGCAAUAAUAUGCCUCUGCUGUCUAGCAUCACAGAUCUUGUUCUCGACCUCUGUGCACCUACCAGCACAACUGUGCUCAACACCUGGCUUAUUCAGUGCUGGCUUCUUAAGGAGGGUCGACCAGAUCUUGCUCUCGAGCUCAUGCCAUUCGCCGAACAAGACCCCUUCUCAACGUAUGUUCAAGGCCGCGUCUUCCUUGCACUGAGGGACUACGACACUGCCGCUCAGCACUUCAGGAAGGCUGCCAUUGGGCUCAGCAUCCCGCUCAAGCACGUCGAUCGGCACAGCGCCGGCCUGCUUGACGACACCGAAUGGAACCUCCUUAACAGCGGCCUUCCAAACUACUACGCCCACAUUGUUAACUUGUACGAUAAGCAAAAGGCGUACUCGUACGUCAUGGAGUUCUCCCGGCUCGCCCUGCAGUUUGCCCAGACUAGCAACCAGGACUCUGCAAGCAUCAAAACAGAGAUGCUCAGCCGGCUCUUCACGGCAUCUACUGCCACUUCCCACUUCGAGGAGGCCCACUCGGCGCUGCUCGCCAUGGAUGAUGAAGCCCUCCAGAAAUCGUACCUGCGCAAGCUGCUCGAGCGGAUGUGCGAAUCCGGCCAGAGCAGCGAGCUCAUCAGCCUGCCUUUCUCGGGUCUGCAGAACAAAGUCGACGAGAUUUUGGCCGAGAAGUGCCGCGCCACGCGGGACGUGCUCAACGGCGUGCCUUAUCACCAGAUCUUGUAUGCCUGGCGCAUUAGCCACAAUGAUUACCGAGGAGCGGCGGCAAUCUUACUCGAUCGGCUGGAGAAGCUUCGUCGCUCGGGCGAGGGCGAUAAGCUUGGUGCCGAGGAUGGCGAAAACGGAGCUGGCAAUGAUGCCUUGGACACUCAGGUCACCCGCCAGUAUUUGAUCGUCAUCAACGCGCUGAGCUGUGUCGCCCCGCAGGAGGCUUACAUCCUUGAGGAUGUGCCACCUCCAGUUCCUGGGAAGGGCACCAACGACGAGGAGUAUUCCCAGACCGGCAGCAAGCGCAAGCUAGGCAAGCUCAACGCCACUAGCGGCGAGGAAGACCUCGACAGCCGGAUCGAGGAGCUCGCCCGCUUGCUGGACAGCGAAAGCGCCGGGGACAAGAAAGCCAGGCCUUCCUCGUCGAGUGAGGAGGAUCAGCAGCUGCUGGAAAGGAUGCAAAAGUUCUCGACAGCAGUGCGCCAAGAACAGGGCCAACAGACGCCUAGGAGGUUGCUCCGACUGGAGGAUCUGCGUAAGCAGUACCAGCAAGAGCUGGAUCGGAUUGUGGCGAUCCAGAACAACCAGUUUGCGCUGACGGCAGAUGGGGAGGAUGAGGAUGAGGACAUGAUGGAUAUCGCAUGA